AUGACCAAAGAGCCCAUCUCAGACAGCACAAACAACAACGUUGAGGAGAUCACCGGGCAAGAGAUGACCGCGGGACCUGGCCCAUUCGAAGAACCCGGCAUCAUCGAUGAGAUAAGACCUGACAUUGCCAGCCAGGCAGGUGUCACCGAAGAGCCCGAGAUUCAGGGGACGAAGGCCAACAUUCGCAGCAUCGAUGACGGUGAUGGUUGGUGGAACGCCAUGAUAAAUUCCGCUCCUGCCUUCCAAGCCACUUACAAACCCCGACCCCCCAACAUUACCGUUCUUUGUGCUCACAACAUUACCACUCCUUCCCCUAACAACAGAAACGCGCAGAACGCGACCCGCCCAGAAGCAAACACUGCUCCAGGCAAAACAAUUCACAUCGACGAAAUUGUCGCCGCUUCCCGCAAAAUCAUCACCGCGCAAAACUCGAGCAUCGAGCACAGUUCUGCCACUGAAAACGACAUCAUGCUCGAGCAGAAAUUUGCCGGCAACAACAACUCCGUCAUCGUCGAGAAAUUUACAACCGAGCAAAAUACCACCACCGGAAACGCGACCAUGUCUGACUUCAAGCUUACGGCGGACAACAAUACCGCCACUGUGGAGCGCAACAUGAUUGACACUGUCAUCAUCGCGGAGAACAAGAUCAUUACCACCGAGACUCCUUCCGUUGAUGAGAUUAUUAAGGCUGCAGAGACUGAAACCCCCAACAACAGCGGAAUUGACGACUGCGACGGCUGGUGGAACGCCAUGCUCCGUUCUUCGGCCACUAAGACUUCAUCCACAUCAAAGAUCUACUCCACCACCAAACCCUCUUCUAUCGCUGGGGUUUCCGACAGCGCGAAAGCUUCUUCCGUCACCGCUGUGGCCAUUGAUCAUGAGCACGAAGACGAGGUUGCGACCCCGAAGUCGCCGACCAAGGAUGCUGACAACAUUGAGAAUGUCGACAUCAAGAAUGUGAUCAACAAUCUUGUCAAGCACACCCCAACUGAGACCACUAGCCACGAGAAGAACAAGUCCUUGCACCACGAGAACAAGUCUUCGCAUGACGAGAAAAUGUACAAGAUGAAGUCAGAGAUUUUGGAGUGCUUGAAGGAGGACAUGAUGCAGAAAAAGGACGAGAUCUGGAACGAGCUCCGCAAUCAAAUCGUCCAGGAGCUGCAUCAGCAAAUUGUCAACGAGAUGGAGGAGGAGAUGAUGAGCAAGCUUGUGAGCCUCGUCAAGCAGAUGUAUUCCAGCCGCGCGGCCAUGGAGAGCAUCAUUCGCAAGGACGUGGAGAGCAAGGUGUACGGCACAAUUAAGGACGAGAUGAGCAAGGCGAUGCCGGCUGAGACGACGCUCGCCAAAUUGAGCGCCAUGUUUGCGCCCAAGGACUAA